AAGCGCGCAUUCUUUGCCAGGAUUCUCUAAUGAAUGGUACGAUGGCUGCUUCGUCUAAUAGGAUCAUGCUCGGCCCUCUUGUAGCAGCAAUUGACCAGGGAACUAGCUCUACUCGGUUCUUGGUGUUCAAUGCAAAAACUGCAGAGCUGCUUAGUCACCAUCAAGUCGAGAUUCAGCAAAGUUUCCCUAAAGAAGGCUGGGUGGAGGAGGACCCCAAAGAGAUUUUGCGGUCUGUUUACGAGUGCAUGGACCGAACCUGUGAGAAACUGACGCAGCUUAACAUCGAUAUCUCCAACAUCAAAGCCGUCGGUGUAACCAAUCAGCGAGAAACCACGCUGGUCUGGAAUAAGGAAACAGGCGAGCCACUCUACAAUGCGGUCGUGUGGCUGGACCUGCGCACACAGUCCACCGUAGAGAGACUCAUCAAAGACACACCAGGCAGGAACAAAAAUCACCUGAAGCACAAGACUGGUCUUCCCAUCAGCACGUACUUCAGCGCGGUGAAGCUGCGCUGGUUAAUGGACAAUGUAGAGGAGGUGCACAAGGCCGUGCUUUCACACACAGCUAUGUUCGGGACUGUCGACUCCUGGUUAAUAUGGUGCCUAACUGGUGGAAAGAAGGGAGGUGUCCAUGUUACAGAUGUAACCAAUGCAAGCAGGACCAUGCUCUUCAACAUACACACUAUGGACUGGGAUCCAGAUCUCUGCACCUAUUUUGGGGUCCCAAUGGAAAUUCUGCCAAAAGUGAGGAGUUCUUCAGAGAUCUACGGUUUAAUGAAAAUCAGUUCUAGUCUGAAAUCUGGUCCACUGACUGGUGUUCCAAUAUCAGGGUGUUUAGGGGACCAAUCUGCCGCUCUCGUGGGACAGAUGUGCUUUCAGGACGGCCAGGCCAAAAACACUUACGGGACUGGCUGCUUCUUGCUCAGAAACACAGGAACAAAGCCGGUGAUGUCAGAUCAUGGCCUCUUAACAACAGUAGCGUAUAAACUGGGGCGAGACAAGCCAGCCUGCUAUGCGUUAGAGGGUUCAGUGGCUAUAGCAGGUGCAGUGGUGCGCUGGUUGAAAGACAACCUCGGGAUUAUAGAAAGUUCCACAGAGCUCGAGAACCUGGCCGCCAGUGUCGGCACAUCGUAUGGCUGCUACUUUGUCCCUGCAUUUUCGGGUCUCUACGCCCCCUACUGGGAGCCAAGUGCUAGAGGAAUCAUCUGCGGUUUAACUCAGUUCACGAACAAGAGUCAUUUGGCCUUUGCUGCUCUUGAAGCAGUCUGCUUUCAGACACGUGAGAUCCUGGAUGCGAUGAAUCAGGACAGUGGGAUUCCUCUGACUCAGCUGCAGGUGGAUGGAGGCAUGACCUCGAACCAACUGCUCAUGCAGCUCCAGGCUGAUAUUCUCUGCAUUCCAGUAGUAAAGCCGUCCAUGCCGGAGACCACCGCACUCGGAGCAGCUAUGGCAGCAGGAGCAGCAGAGGGCGUCGGUGUGUGGAGUUUGAAUCCCGAAGACUUCACUGAUGUCACUUCUGAGAAAUUUGAACCUCAGAUCAAUCCAGAGGAGAGCGAGUUCCGUUAUGCUCGCUGGAAGAAAGCAGUCCAAAGAGCCAUGAACUGGGAGACUACAGAGCCAGUCAACAACGGAAACGAGGAAUCUAAUAUCUUCAGUAGUGUUCCCCUGGGCUUUUACAUUCUGGGUAGUAUGUUUAUGUUGAUUGGAGCAAAAUACAUUACAGGAUUCAAGUAGACUUCAUGCCUCCUCUUCGAUGUUUAGUAACGAGGGAAAAUAAAGCAGGAUUCAAGGUACGUCGUCUGGUGUCCAGUCAUUAUAAUGUCGUUCCCCACUGGACAUUCCAGCUACAGCUGCUACUAUAUGAUUGCAUCUUCAGUGAAUGUCAGAUAACUGAUUUAUCUUUCUGACUUGAAAAUGAUGAAGGCAGUUUUUAACUUUUGGUACCUGGUUGCUGUAGCUUGAGUUGAAAGCUGGCGAAUGAAACUAUUUCUAUAAACAAAACUCUAUGAUUUUCUGAAAUUGCACAGCACUGUUGUACAGCUGGCUGCGUUUACACCUUAAUCUUACACAAGAUGUUGGCUUAUAACUCGCUGAUGAUCUUUAUGGAGAUGAUUACAGUUACCACAUGUACCUCUGUGUGUUUGCUGGAAUGUGUUGUAAAUUUGAACAAUUUGUAAUUUUCAUGUUGUAUUUAUUAACAUUUUAGUCUAAAUUUCAUUGUCAUAUCAUGCUUUAGAAGGUGCCAAUAGUUUUCCUGAAUAUCUCUGACGAACGGUGCAAGAUACAAGAGCACUUGGGUACAAAUAAUGGCAUGCACUGUAUCAGUACUGUGAACGAUUUUACCUUCAUAGGGUUCCUUAUGGCUGUUGAACAAAACUGUGCAUUACUUUAUCGUUACUGUAAAAUGCCCAACCCAAAAUACCCUGGACCCUGUGGUUAUAAAAACUGAGACUCUUUUU